GUUGUGGGUGGGUAGCCUAUACCUUAACCAACUGCCUCUCUCACAGCAGGCUUCAUUGGCUUGUGAGCUCUUAGCAGAAGUCUGCCACUUCCAGCAUGAGGGUCUUCUUGCCUGUACUGCUGGCAGCCCUUUUGGGUGUAGAGCAAGCCCAUUCCCUGGUAUGCUUCUCCUGUACCAAUCAGAAGAGCAAUUUGAAAUGUCUAUGGCCAACUAUAUGCCCGAACUCAGACAAUUACUGUGUCACAGUAUCUGCUGCUGCUGGCUUUGGGAAUGUCAACCUUGGCUACACCCUGAAUAAGGGCUGUUCUGAAAUCUGCCCUCGAGAGAAUGUCAAUAUCAACUUAGGUGUGGCAUCUGUGAAUAGCUACUGCUGUCAACAUUCCUUCUGCAAUAUCAGCACAGCUGGCCUCGGGCUUAGAGCUAGUAUCCCACUCCUAGGCUUUGGACUCUUGCUCAGCUUGCUUGCUCUGCUGCAACUGGACCCCUGACCAUCCCCAUAUGUUCCCCACAUCCCCCCCCCCCAGCUCAGGAAGAAAAGCUAGGGGUCCUAAGAGCCUUCAGCUUCUUCUGUGUGUGUCUAGCCCCCUCCACACUCUCUCAGCAUCUGGGCUAAGCACAUCUGGUCUGUUGAAGAGGGACUAGCUACUCUUGUGUCCAGAGCCGAUCCUGCAACCUCCUUUGGGAACCAGGAAAGGAGUAAAAACCUUCCUUGGAGUUUCAGAGUACCAAUGUCAGUACCAGUGUGUCCUAUGGACACACUGACAAGGGAGUCUACCCAAAUGAAUAUACACCUGUAUGCACAGUGCAUCUUUGUGUGAAUGAAGCCAUUUGGAAUCUGAGAUGGGCAAACGGGACCUGGAAGAUUCUAGAGGGGAAGGCCUCUGUCUCCACCAAAAUUCCUUCUCCUGGCAUUAUCGCUCUAGGAGGCUGCAUAGAGGACUGCAUCUCCCAAUGAAGGCUUCCACCCCUAGAUCCAGUUGAGUCCCUACCUGUCCUCUCUGCCCACACUGGUUUCCUGCUGCUAUUCUAGUGCCUCAAAUAAACUAUUCCCACCCA